UGCUUCACUCGGCGAUUUUGUUCACCUGGACACAACUGACAGGCGGCAACGUUUCUCAAACAAAACCAAACUUCACAAGCGUUGAGGAUUACUCUGAAAUCGUGGACCAUCUUCUCCAUCGUCCACAGAAACCAGUAGGUCAAACUGGUCGACGCCGGUGAAGACUGGUGUUGUGGUCGCGGACAGCGUGUUGUUGUUAGCGGAGGUCAGCGUGUCUCCAGCUGAAACCAGCCAGACGUCCAGAUGCUUUCCCCGGGCAGGACCGUGUCUUCCCGGCUGCUGAGGCCGGUGUCGAGGCUCCCUGUGUGGCGGAGCUCUGAGGGCAGAGCCGCCAGCUCCCUGGAGAAAGAGUUGAUAAAGAAACGGGACCUGGAGAAAGAUGAGCCCCGCCCCCUCUACAUGGACUUCCAGGCCACCACGCCCAUGGACCCCCGCGUGUUGGACGCUAUGUUGCCCUACCAGGUGAAUUACUACGGUAACCCUCACUCCAGAACACACGCCUACGGCUGGGAGAGCGAGAGCGCCAUGGAGACGGCCAGGAAGCAAGUGGCUGAUCUGAUUGGAGCAGAUCCCAGAGAGAUAAUCUUCACCAGCGGCGCUACUGAAUCCAACAACAUGGCCAUCAAGGGCGUGGCCAGGUUCUACCAGGCCAAGAAACGUCAUGUGAUCACCACACAGACGGAGCAUAAAUGUGUUCUGGACUCGUGCCGAGUUCUGGAGUCCGAAGGAUUCAAAGUCACCUACCUGCCAGUCCAGACAAACGGACUGCUGGACCUGGAGCUGUUGGAGGCCUCCAUCCGACCUGACACCUCCCUCUUGUCGGUGAUGACCGUCAACAACGAGAUUGGAGUCAAGCAGCCCAUCAAGGAGAUCGGUCAGAUUUGUCGCUCUAAAGGAAUCUUCUUCCACACUGACGCCGCUCAGGCUGUCGGAAAGAUCCCCAUCAACGUUACGGACAUGAAGGUUGAUCUGAUGUCCAUCAGCGGCCACAAGAUCUAUGGACCUAAAGGUGUGGGCGCUUUGUUUGUGCGUCGCCGGCCCCGAGUGCGCUUGGAGCCGCUGCAGAAUGGGGGCGGGCAGGAGAGGGGCCUGCGGUCUGGCACCGUUCCCACCCCACUGGCUGUUGGACUGGGAGCCGCCUGCAGUAUCGCCAAGCAGGAGUUGGAGUAUGAUCAUCAGAGAAUAUCCAUGCUGGCUAAUCGUCUGGUCCAGAAGAUCAUGUCUGAGCUUCCUGACGUCAUCAUGAACGGAGAUGCAAAACAACGCUACCCUGGCUGUGUCAACCUGUCCUUUGCCUAUGUGGAGGGGGAGAGUCUGUUGAUGGCACUGAAGGAUGUCGCUCUGUCAUCUGGGAGUGCUUGUACAUCGGCGUCUCUGGAGCCGUCAUACGUCCUUCGAGCGAUCGGAGCAGAUGAAGAUCUGGCUCACUCUUCCAUCAGGUUUGGUAUUGGCAGGUUCACCACAGAAGAAGAGGUGGACUACACAGCAGAUAAAUGCAUCCAGCAGGUCAGCAGGCUCAGAGAGAUGAGUCCUCUGUGGGAGAUGGUUCAAGAGGGCAUCGAUCUGAAGAGCAUCAAGUGGACGCAGCACUAGACUUCUCCCACUUCCUGUUUACUUCCUGGCUGUCAACGACGACGAUCAAUUCCCAGCGAAUUCUGGGAAUGCACUAGCUUUUCCUUCCUGUACACAAACACGCACAAACUUCCUGUCGGACUUGAAGUCUGUUUGUAACUGUAGCUCCGUGUCUCCGUAGAAGCUCCUCUUGUUGCUCUGUUAGGAGAUGUUGCUCGGAGAGUUGACCAACGCGCGGCGACCUCUGCUUGUUGUGUGUCGUUGUGCAUUACCCCCGGGUCCUGUAUCACAAAGUCAGUCCAUCGUAGUCUGGUUGCACUUUUGGUUACCUGGCUCCACUUUGUUACCUCGGGGUUUACUAAUCAGCUGUGAGCUUUUCACACAAAAGUUCUUAAUAAAAGCCGUCUUAUGUGACAUCCUCAAGAAGGAUGUAACUAAAAUGAAAAGAAUAAAACGGUAUCAUCUGUAUUUUGUCUUUUUCUUUGCAUUCUCUCACUCCACGUGUGCCCGCUAGUUGAAAUUAUGUUGAUUUGACUUUGAAUUGAAAAACACUUCAUGGGAAGGGUAAGAAAAAAUAAUUAUCAAAAACAAAUUAUCAUGGGUCUUUGAAAAAUCACGGAAAAGUUUUGUAAUUUUGUCCUUGACGAUGUGGGGGAAUCCUGGAUCUAACCUGGUUAAAAUAGAGCCAGUUUUUUGACACCAGUAAACCUCAGUUAAACCCAAAAAUCUUGCUUUGUGAUACAGGCUCGUCAGCGUGUUGAGCAGAAACAAAGUGGGAACAGUGGGCAGUGUUACUUAAGCGAGGCUGCAGCCGAAAGCCAAAAUUUACUGAGCCGUCUGAGGAUUUAAUGAUUGACUGCUAAUUAUUGGAGUCAGAACUUUUAUUUGAAGAUUUAUAGACUGUAUCCUGCUCUGUUUGCAUGGGAUACACUGUCCUCUUUGUGUCAGAACUCAAUCUCACAGUUUUUCUCGUCUCACGUUAGUUUUUCAGUAUUAGAUAUUCAGGAGCGUCAUGUGAGUCCACCAGCAGUGUUCACAGUGUUAGCAGCCACAGUUUGAUUUUAAUGUUAAACGCUGGAAAACUCUACAAGACUGUAGCCUUGAUUUGACCACAACGGCUAAUUUUCAAGACGGUGGAGAGAAAACGUGCUGAGGUCCAGUCUCUUCCACACUGACUGACACCAGCAUGUGUCUGAGGUUGUUGAUGAGAAUCCAAACCUAAAAAUCUGAACACAAAACUCUGAAAUACUCUUCAGCCGAUAAAUGUGGCUCUUCACAGUCAGAGGAUUUGUAAAGUCUUGUAUUGUGUUCCUGGAUGUUUCUGUCACAUGUAUUAGUCUCCAGCAUCUACUGUCCGCUACUGUUACUCUCAUCAUGUGCAUCAUUAGCCAAUAAAGUGCUGCUUCAUGAUUAUGCAAUAA